AUGUCAUCGUACUCCUACGAGUUGUCUCUCUUCGGCGAAUUCUUCGCACAGGAUCUGAAGGCGGUCCUCAACCGAAUCGCUAUGCAUAGCGAAUCCGCACGUCCAAUGCACUCUAGAGAAAUAGUCUUCGAACCUGAGGAUAUCCAGCAGCAACGAAACGCUGGUCAGGAACCAGCCCUUCUGAGGGCCAGAAAAGAGCUGCUCGAACCGGAAUCUGGAUGGAUGUUGUAUUCGUAUAUGAAAGCUGAAUCUUCCCGUAUUCACCCCGAUGCCACUGCUCGCCCGUGGGCAACGGUACAGGUCGUUGGGGACGCACUCAGCUUUGCCUCUGCGCUGGGCUACGUUCGACGGUCCCAGAUAUAUAAACGGGGAUACGUGUUCCGGAAAGGCACGCUAGCAAUCCAGAUGUUUCAACAAGAACAAGUCGAUACUCGAACAAACCAGCCUAUACCUGCCCACACAGACACACUGUGGGAAGUCGAAGUGAAGACAGCGUCUCCCGUUCGUGGCACGCAAGAGGCGCCUCUCAGUCAAACGGUUGACGCCCUGCUCGAAGUACAGCUCCUGAUGAAAGGCCUGCUCGAUCUUCGACGACGAGACGCCUGA